AUGAAGCAAUCUGUUGUCGCUUCCCUGGUGGCCCUCGCGGCCUCCGCCGGCGUCCAGGCCACUGAACUGAUCAACCUGCCGGUCAACGCCUGUGCCGCCGUCCUCGGUGAGGCUGAGUGCAAGCAGCACGCCUCCCGCGGUCUGGACAGCCUCAUCAGCGUUCCUCUUAACGCUUGUGUUGCUGCCCUCGGCGAGGCUGAGUGCAAGCAGCUCGCUGUCGCCCGCCGCAGCGAGUCUCUUGUCAACAUCCCCAUCAACCUGUGCGCUGCUGUCCUCGGUGAGGCCGAGUGCAACCAGCUCGCUGCCCGUAGCUCCGACAGCCUCAUCAGCGUUCCCCUCGAUCUUUGUGUCGCUGCUCUCGGUGAGGCCGAGUGUGACCAGAAGGCUGUUGCCCGUCGUGGCCAGUCUCUGAUCAACAUCCCCGUCAACCUCUGUGCUGCUGUCCUCGGUGAGGCCGAGUGCAAGCAGAAGAGCGGUGAUGCCAACGGUCUCAUCAACGUUCCCGUGAACGCUUGUGUCGAUGCCCUCGGUAAGGCCAAGUGUGACCAGGUCGCUGGUGGUUCCUCUUCCUCCGACUCCGGUGACGACUCCGACAGCCAGUCCCUGAUCAACAUCCCCGUUGGUCUUUGCGCCGCCGUCCUCGGCGAGGCUGACUGCAAGCAGAAGGAGUCCACCGCCUCCAACGGUCUCAUCAACGUCCCUGUCAACGCCUGUGUCGGUGCUCUCGGCAAGGCUAAGUGUGACCAGGCCUCCGGUGCUUCUUCUUCCUCCGGCAGCGGCUCCGACAGCGAGUCCCUCAUCAACGUCCCCAUCAACGUCUGCCUCCCUGUCCUCGGUGAGGCUCACUGCAACCAGCAGUCUAGCUCCGGCAGUGGUCUGAUCAACAUCCCCAUCAACCUGUGUCUCUCCGUCCUCGGUGAGGCUGAGUGCAACCAGGGAUCUACCACCUCUACCACCUCUGCCCCUGCCUCCAGCUCUACCCCCUGUGACACCGAGACCUCCGACAUUGUUCACUCCACUGUCAUCCCCGGUCACUCUGGCUCUGGUUCCAUCACCGUCCCCGCCACCCCUACCCCCACUGAUGUCUCCCCCGUUGAGUCUUCCACUCCUUGUGACACCGAGACCUCCGAUGUUGUCCACUCCACUGUGAUCCCCGGUCACUCUGGCUCCGGCUCCAUCACUGUCCCCGCUGUGCCCACCCCCACCGGUGUGUCCCCCGUUGAGUCCUCCACUCCUUGUGACACCGAGACCUCCGAGGUUGUCCACUCUACCGUCAUCCCCGGUCACUCUGGCUCUGCCUCCGUCACUGUUCCCGUCAAGCCUACCCCCACUGGCGAGUCCCCCGUUGAGUCCUCCACUCCCUGUGACACUGAGACCUCCGACAUUGUCCACUCCACUGUGAUCCCCGGCCACUCUGGAUCCCAGACCGUCUCCGUCCCUGCCAAGCCCACUCCCACUGGCGAGUCCCCCGUUGAGCCUUCCGAGGGUGCCUCCACCCCCGUUGUCUCUUCCACCCCUGCCUGGUCUGCUCCCGCUUCCAGCUCCACCCCCUGUGACACCGAGACCUCCGAGACUGUCCACUCCACUGUCAUCCCCGGUGGCCCCAACGGUUCCGGCCCCAGCUCCAGCGAGACUAUGUCCGUCCCCGCUCAGCCCACCGGCGAGUCCCCUGUUGAGCCUUCCAAGGGUGCCUCCACCCCCGCCUGGACCGCUCCCGCCGUCACCAGCUCCGCCACCCACGGAUGGGUCCCCACUCAGCCCAGCCAGCCCGCUGGCCAGCCCUCCGGCGCCAUGUCCGUCAGCACUGCCACUUACUACAAGACCGUCACUGUCUGCAACGCUGCUUGCUCCGGCUCCAAGACCGCCUCCAUGCGCCACGUGAAGCCCACCUCCCCCGCUAGCUCCUCCAUCCCCGCUAUGCCCUCCGCUUCCGGCACUGCCGCUCCCUCCGGCCCCGCCGGUGGCUCCUCCCCUUCCUCCCCCUCUUCUCCCUCCGGUGCUAGCGCCAACUCCCCCAGCUCCAGCCCCGUUUACAACGCCGCUGGCCGCGCCACCAUGUCCGGCUUCGCUGUCGUCUUCGGUGCCCUCAUUGCUGCUGCUAUGCAGUUCUAA